CUCCAGCAUUUUGCUCAAGCGCUUGGACAUCUGUGGGAAGUUGCCACGGAUGGGAGAUGAAGCCCCAGCCACCCACUUGACAAUUGAACAUGGCGUCGCCACUAUCACGCUGAACCGGCCGAAGGAGAAGAACUCGCUGAGUCCAGAGCUGGUGAAUUCUCUGGGGGACAGCCUGAAGGCCUGCAUGGCAAACGAGGAGGCUCGGGGGCCCGCGGAUUGUCUUAACGAAUAGCGGCGGCACGUUCUGUGCGGGCGCAAAUCUGAAGGGUGCCGCGAGCGAGGCCCCGCGCUACACCCUCCCAGACAUCCUGAAGAUUAUGCAGGAAGGGCCGAAGGUGGUUCUUGGCAAGAUCAACGGUCACUGCACCGGCGGAGGGGUGGGGCUGGCGGCAGCCUGCGACAUCUCCGUGAUCAGCAGCACCUCCGAGGUGGGCUUCACGGAGGUGCGCAUAGGGGUUUCUCCGGCCAUGAUCUCCGUGGUGUGCCUCCCGAAGAUGCGACGGGCCGACGCGGCGGAGCUGAUGCUCUCCGGGCAGAAGGUCCCCGCGGACCGCGCGGCGGAGGUCGGGCUGCUGAACUACUCGGUGCACCCGGGCCAGCUGAGCGCAAAGGUGGCCGACAUCGCCGGGAAGCUCGUGCGAGGUGGGCCAAACGCCUUGGCUGCGACCAAGGCUCUGGUCUACAAGGUCCCAGGGAUGCCUCUGGACGAUGCCUUCGCAUGGACAGCGAAGGUGUCCGCGGAGUGCUUUGGGUCCCAGGAGGCGCGCGACGGCAUCGCGGCCUUCAGCAAGCGCGUGGACGCGCCGUGGGUUCCGAAGCCGAAGCUGUAGCGACCGCUUGUCUGAAGACCGAAGCUUGGCUGUAGACCGCUUUUUCUGGAGGGAGAUAGGGCCGAGCUCGAGAAACACGGCCAGAUUGAACGAGAGAUGGUCGUCGGAGAUGUUUCGAGGGGGAUGAUGGGGAGCGGGCUUUCGUGCGUGAGGUCCGCUUCGCUCACAACUCUUCGCUUGCAAGGCGGAUGCCGGUUCAAGAUCAGGCCACACAGUAAAGUGGCACGACUAGGCAGACCAGCACGAGCACGCACGCGGCAGUCGAGGUGCCGAGCCGUCGAUCGCGGCCGGGGCAGACUCAUCCGUGGCCGUGGAAGCCCUUGAGCGCUCGGCAAGAGCGUGCAGCCUCCCCCCCUCCCUCCCUCCGUCCUCCUCCCUCCCGUAUGUCUGUUUGCCCCCUACUUUUGAUCUCCUCCUCAUGGGUGCGGGGUGAGGCGCUCGGCCUCCGUGGGCGGCCUCCGCGCCAGAUCGCCGGCGCCGUCCCGUCUGCGCGGGUCGCGCCCCCCUCGGCGCGGCCGCUCGCGCUUUUUCCCCAUGGAGUCUUGCCCAGUCUUGUUGCGCAUUAUUUCUAGUCUGAGCUCUCCACGUUUCUCUUCAGCCUGUCCUAGUCUCGCUUGCUCGUUCGCCGAGUUUUUGUUGCUUCGCCGUUGUGGAGCACGAUGCGUAGCUGUCCCCGCCGCUUGGCCGAUGCAGGCGGGCGCAAGCCUAAGUGGGGUCAGACUGCACACUGGGGACCGGCCACCUAGCUGCGGCUCGUGCUCACGGAA